UUUCGUGGUCAAGCUCGUCCUCCGACUCAUUUCCCAGUCUCUGAGUGGCAACGACAAUGACGCUCAAGGAGAUGUUGGCCGAGGAUCAAUGGCGCAGCGUGAUCCACACGACUGCGGGCUUGGGUGCUGGCGCCGUGUCCACAGUGCUGCUGUACCCACUGGACCUGGUGAAGGUACGCUACCAAGUGCAUGAGAAGUCCGCGCACGCCUACCGCUCGCUGGGGCAUGCUUUCCGCUCUAUCGUGGCUGAAGAGGGUGUGCGCGCACUGUUUCGUGGCAUGAGCCCAGCGCUCUACGGCGCAACGCUGUCGUGGGGCAUCUACAUGCUCGUGUACCAAAACGCGAAGGAGCGCUAUGCGCGGAUGGCGGACGAAGGAUGGAUCCAGGGCUCGUGGCAACACUUUUUCUCUGGCAUUGAGGCCGGAAUGAUCUGCGUUCCUUUGACGAACCCCAUUUGGCUCAUCAAGAUUCGUAUGCAAGUGCAAAGCAAUAAGCGACUUCAAGCAAGUGUCACUGGUAAAGAUGCAACGAAAAAAUUGGUCGAGAAUAUACCCUAUCGAAGCGUGACAGAUGCUUUCCGGCGGAUUGUAGCAGAAGAAGGUGUUUCAGCACUGUAUAAAGGCAUGAUACCUGCGCUUUUCCUCACGACCAAUGGAGCGAUCAAAUUUGUAGCAUACGAGCGCCUCAAGGGUCUGUAUCAAGCACACUGGAGCCCUGAGAUGGAUAUGAUUCCGACGCUGGUGAUGGGUGCGGUGGCGCAGUCCAUUGCCUCCACUGCUACGUACCCAUACCAAGUGAUUAAAGCUCGUUUGCAACAGGGAGGGCCUUCAGCGAACAAAUACACUGGCACGUGGGACUGCACGCUGAAGAUCAUCCGCCACGAAGGCUACAUCGGUUUGUUCAAGGGCUUGUCCGCCAACAUCCUCAAGGUGAUGCCCACUGGUGCCAUCAUUUUUGCCGCCUACGAGCAGAUUCAGAGCACAAUGAAAGCCAUGCUGCUGGACGAGUGAUCACUGCAAUACCCAACGACACCUGUGAAGCAAUAGAGUAUACUACAAUACUGCACCAAUUUGCACGUAACAGAACAUGAAUAAAUGCUUUGUGGAAGAACAAACUAGCGUGAAAAG